GAAAAUUAAUAGUACUGCAUGAGAAAUAAAAGUGAAUCCAAACAAAAAGAAUAUUUUAAUGUUUUAUGAUGGAUCCAUCAGUUAUAGAAUUCAUAGCUGAAAAAGAAUAUGUGACAAUUGUUCCAAAUUUUUCACAUGGUAAAAUUUAUCUAAUAUCUGGAGAUAUUGGACCAUUUACACCUAGUAUUCCAGUAAAGAUACCUCUUUGGAUUGCUCUCAACCUUAAACAAAGAUUAAAAUGCCGACUAAUACCACCCGAAUGGAUGGAUAUUGAAAAAUUAGAAAAUAAAAAACAAGAGGAAAUAGAAUCAAGAUACUUUACACCUAUGCCGUCUAAACAUUUUCGUGAAAUUGCACAGUUGUUAUUAGAUGUUGCCAGUAACGAUAUACCUAAUGCAGAUGAGAUACAGACAUUAGUGAAAGAUAUCUGGGACAUUCGAUUAGCAAAAUUACGAAGUUCCAUUGAUGCUUUCAUUAAGAGUGAAGAGACACAUGCUCAACUGAAUUAUCUCACUACAAUGGAAAUCAAUACAGUUCGUCCUUUAUUAACGUUAGCACUAAAUCAUCUUUGUCAGUUAAAAUCUGUUCCAAUUUCUGAAGAAGAAAUGGAAAGUCAAGAUUAAUUAUUAAUUUUAAAAUAUUAAAUAAUAAAAAUAAUUUUUGGCAUUUUAAUAAGAAUUGGCCAAAUUUAUUGAAAGAAAACUGAAAAUUAAAGAUGUAAGUGUAAACAUUUAAUGUAUUUAUUGCCUUAGAAGUUUGUAAUGCAUAACAGAACAGUUUUCUUAGCCAUUAUCUAAGCAUAUAUUUUAUUAAGAAAAUGUAAACAAUUGCUUUUCCAUAAUAAUAAAGACUGCAUUUGCAUCCAUUAAAACUGAUUAUUUUUAAU